AUGGUGACCGUCGACGCCGACCUGACCGCCGCGGCAACAGAAGCAGGGAUAGAUCUCACCACCGACCCAGUGAUGAAGUACCUACGAGCGAUCAAGAUCAUCACCUCCAGCGCAAUAUCUGUCUACUUCCAGGAUGACACGUCUGUCACGGACCUCGUGAAGAAGCUGGAGGGCAAGUUCACCUACAAGGGCAACGACUACGACCUCGGCGGCGAGGACGUCAACGCUGUCACAGCACAAUGGAACCAAUCACAGUGUUUGAUGACGGACUUCUCGGAUCAUGGAGAUGCCUCGGACGUCCCAAUCUGGUGGCCCCUUGGUGACCAGCUGCUGUUUGUUGUCGACGAUGAGGCGUUUGUCGAGGUCGUCCUUUUUGCGGUGGCUGUCGGUGUUGCCGGAGUGGAUGGUGGCGACGAUGUGGUUGCCGCCAGUCUUGCUUGGUAUUUGGCUCUGAUCAAGACCCUCUGGGAGACAUUCGCCUGGGACAUCGCAAUGCGGAUGAGACAGAAUGAGACGUUCCCAGUCAUCACCCAAGAGAUCAUGCAGGACCUGACCACAGUCAACGAUGCUCUCAUGCAAUCACCCAAGAAGAAGCAACGCAACGACCAGGAACAACAGCGAUGGCGGCGACGGGGUCACAGCAUCGACGAGCAUUUCCGACCAAUACAUAUGGGAGACACCAACGACUUUGACAUCGAAAAGCUGAUCGACACCUUGCUGGACAGCCUGGACCCCAACAUUCCGAUUACCAUCCUGAUCACAGGCGGACCACCUUGCCCAGAUUUUUCCGGUGUUCGAGCAAACCCGUCUGGCGCAGCAGGAGCAACAGGUCACCUCUUCCAGAAGUUCACGCAGAUCAUCCAACAGAUCAAGCAAGUGCUGCAGCAGAUCCCCAUCUACAUCCUCAUUGAGAACGUUGUGCCACACACGAACGUGCAGCAGGACAUCCUGGAGUUAUCGAGACAACUCGGCAUUAACCCCAUCAUCGUGGAUGCAGAGGACGGUGGCAUCAUACAUCGCAAACGACUGUGGUGGUUGUCGGUGGAAUGGGACAAAGUCAAGCCACAGCUGGUGGCCAACACCCCGUGGGAUCUCCACUGGACACAGACGGACACACCGUGGCCCCGCCUUCACAACCCCAUUGCGAAAACUCUACAACCACCACUUGACACCAAGCACUUCACAGCGCCCGCGAUCCUACAGAAAGGAGGCCUGUUCCACUGUUUGACCACACCAGCGCCGGACGAACACGGCAGACCAGCGCCCCAACAUUGCAAUGAGAAACCCGACACGAUCCAAAGGUGGCAGGCAGAUCACCAACGGUUCGCACCAUGGCAAUACCAACAUAAGUACCUCGUGUCCGAUGCGGACGGACACAAACACCUGGCGCCUGCCAACAUGAGGGAACAGAUGAUGGGUUUCGAUGGACAGCGCACAGCCAACAUGACACCAGACAAGACCGAGUACCACCGGAACAAGGCAUUAGGCAACACAUGGCACACCCCAUCGGCCAUUUGGCUUCUGCUACUAAUGGUGAUGGAUACCACACAUACACCCACCACAGCCAUUCCCAUCUCACGCAUACAGCGAGCCACAAGCGUCUGGUUGGCCACGAGCACCUCAUUUGGACCACCGCCGAAGCCCACACACCAUCUCUAUAUGCCACAGUUCUGCUGGCGAGAACACACACAACGGACACAAUCGCUGGACACAUCCCACACACCAAAGCCCCUCGACCCGACACUGGAAUGGGUCAUACAGCAUUCACAUCUAUUUCACCCGGUGGCAGAUUUCCGAGAACAAGUGGUACUCGAGAUCCGCCGAUUGGUCGAGGACAUGCAAGAGUUGACUGACGACUGGCUCCGCGAUCUACCACAACACGUACAAAAAGCAUACACCGCGAGGAAGCAAGUCACACAAGAACUUUCUUCAGGAUUUCGCCUCAUGGGACAGCUUCAGCCGGGAACCAAUUGGUACCUCCGAUCGGACAACAAGUACCUCAUGCCGAAAACGCAGGAAGAAUUCUCGGAGCACAACGACCACUUCGUCCGGCGAAAGCUACAACAAGCCAGAGUCGAUGACCAUUACGAGAUGAUGCUUGAAGAGAUCGUGCAGGAGGUCAAGAUGGGGAUUGGCGCAGCAGCGGACACAACGCAACGUGCAUCAUGCGCGAUCAACCUUACCAACCCUGACCAGCUCCUACACGUGUGGGGACACGAUCAUGACGGAGCCUACAGACAACUACCUCUCGACCAACCGGAACAAGCUUACGUCCUACUCCACACGCCGGAAGGGCCCACCCUUUGGAGCCACAACGUCCUCCUCUUCGGAUCCUCAGCCAGCGUCUGGGGAUACAACAGAUUCGGCGAUGCCAUGGUGUCGGUGUCAAGGCUGAUCCUCCUUUGCCCGACGAUGCACUACGUCGACGACUAUGGUAGCGCCGAGGCAUCACACCAAGCAGAUUCGGGCUUUCGAUCCUUCGAAGAUUUCAACGGGGCCCUGGGCUACAACAUGAAGACCAGCAAAAGACAACCACCAGCAUCCAGCCACAAGAUCCAAGGUGUGAUCAUCAGCACGGACACGAACCACAUCACACUUACCCCUUGCCCACAACGUGUAGAGCGCAUGUGCUCGGACAUCACAGCAAGCAUCCAGUGCAACACCCUCGAACCGGACCAGGCCCGCAGAAUGGCAGGCAAGUGCAACUUUCUCACGGGUCGCCUAUUCGGCAAAGUCGG